AUGUUCGCUGACAUCGUCUACCAAAGUGGCGACCAAUACAUCCAGAGUUUAGAAGAUGUUCAAGUCGGAAUUCUAAUAUUCAUCCCAUGUUCAAUUGGUUUUCUAAUGGCGUUACUUGCAAUUCGUGGAUGUUACAAAAUUCCAUCGAUGAAUUCACCAUUCGGAUAUUUGACCAAAUAUCAAUUAUUCUCCCAGGUUAUUGCAUCGUUGAAUAGUGGUGGAUUCUAUUUCUUUGGUGUACUUUUGUGAGUUCCCCUUGUAAGUCCAAUAAUUUAACCUUAUUUUCAGAGACUUCAAAUUCAUCAUUAACAACUCUCACAUCUGCGGUUUGAUCUCAACAAUCCUAAUCCCACUGAUCCUCUCCCUAUACCUAAUGAUCUCCCUGAAUCGAUUUCUCUCCCUAGUCGCACCGAUGUUUUACAACACAAUUUUCCAACCGAAAAUUCGUCGAGUUCUUGUUUUUGCUUGCUAUAUUGUUCCAACAAUUUACACAAUUGUUUUCACCUGGAGAUGUGAGUCUAGAAAUCCAAAAAAAAAUAGAAUAGAAAAAUGAUCUUCAGAUGACUGUGGUUAUAAGUUCUACCAUUAUGGUUGGGUAUUUUCAUUCAUCAUCUCUGAAACUUGCGGUACAAAAUUCGAAGUAUUACUUCGUGGAGUUCAGAGUUUGUUAACGAAUUUAAUGUUGUUGAUUGAUAUUUGCACAUUUGUUUUGCUGAUUUUCUUCAGGGUAAGUCGAAUUUGUGAAUUUUUUGAUAUUUUCAAAAUUGAAAAAUCCAAACCCGAUGUUCUUUGGAGCACACUUGCCCACUUUAAUUUAAAAAAUCCAAACCCCUUGCAGAAACGCGUGCUGAAAACCAAAAGUGCCGAGGUCCGCAAACGCGAGGUCAACUUCGGUCAACAAGUCGUCAUUCAAGGCGGCGUCUUCAUUCUCUUCGGCAUUUUCUACAGUUUCGCCUAUAAAUGGAUCCCUGGGGACACGCCGGAAAAGUGGAAAAUCUUCUGGACCUCAUCGUUUCUCGCCAACCUGCUACACAUCUUUGACACGUGGGUUUUUUUCUUGUUAUGUGAGGAUAGGUUCUAUUUUUCAGCGGAGUGAUUUUCAUCUUCAAUACCGAAUUUUCGAUGUGGCUACGAUCUGAGAAGAAGACUAGAGAUGGUUCAGCCAGUGUUGUUACAGUUGUAAUGUGA